UGACGGCAAGUGCUGCUUGAACCCAGUUGGACCAAGUGUCGUGGCGAUUUCUCCUUGAGAAUUGUCGCGACGGCAACUGGCUUCUCGGCUACCGUUGUCUUCUCUCGACCAGUUGAAGAACUGGAAGCAAACCAUCGGCGACCAAGAGAGAAGCGAGCCGCAGUCCAGCGCGGACCAUUUUUUGAUACGUCGGUGGAAACACGCCUUUAGCAUCAUCAACCCGAACAAGGAAAUAUCCGAUCCGUGUAAGUGCACAGAUCACAGAUGUGCCUGCGCCUCGACGGGACAACUUGUCUCGGUAUACGCCCGCUAACAGGCCUUCAUCCAGUGUCGAUAAUGCCAAUAAUCUCACAGGCGCCUCCACCACAGCCAGCACUAAAGCGCUCGAGGCCAUCGGAACCUCAGUCCCCAACGCCGUCCUCUUCAAGCCAGCGGCACAAGAAGCGGAGGAGCAGCCCCUCGUCUACCGGCCAACGACGAGACAAGAGACGGAGGGAGGUCAAAGCGGUGAUCGACGGCGUACCGAAUAAUCCAAGAGUAAUUGAGGAAGAUGGAGACGGUGGCGUGACAUGCGAAACAUUGUUGCCGCAGCCAAAGCUUAUCGACCGCGCAACUCUGGAUUGGGGCUUCCUCAGUAUGCAAGCCCCACGGUCAUACAGCGCACUCACAAUGGGCCAGGGUGGGAUGGACUUGUCGGAGGCUUCUACCCUCCUCGGGUCUUGGGAUACACCGAAGCCGGCGUCGACGGCCGUCUUUUCAGACGCGAUCAUGUUCAAUGACUGCCCUUCGCCAUCCACUAUGCUCCCCCCUGUGUCCCCCCUGGAAAACCGCUCGGCACAGCAGGAGACGUUUGGGACCAUGGGCAAUGCGGGCGAGGGCGGUGCCGUGGAUCCCCCACAAUAUAACCCUGAGACUGAGGAAGAGAACUGGGACUUGGUUUAUUAGUGAACUAUCUAGCUUGCUGCCGUGGAAGCCAACGCUGGGCGCCU